GCUAGCUGCUUCAGUAAUGCUGUUGGAGUUUCCAAUUCAAGUAUCAUCCUUGACAGCUUCCUGAGGGCAUCAAGUCAUUAUCAAAGCCCAGGUUACAAAGCCCUACCAUCAUAUGGACGUCUGAACGGUACCAGAGGUGAUGGGUGGUGCGCCGAAAUAAAUGAUGAUAAACAGUGGCUUCAAGUCGAUCUCGGGAAAGUUAUUGAAGUGUGUGCUGUUGCAACCCAAGGAGACAUCAAUGGCAAUGAAUGGGUGAUAGACUUUAAACUAGCGCACUCUAAAUCCUAUGAAGAAGUAUGGCCAACUUAUAAGGAUGCUAACGACUUAGAAGUGGUACGAUUUGCGCCAAAAUAUUGUUUUACCCCGGAAAAUUUAUCAUUUUAUGAUGGUGUCCGAUAAGAUCUUAAAGUAUACAGUUUGAACCCAGGAUUAACCCAAAUGAAUAUGAAAGCGAUAUUCGCAGUAAUGAACGCUACUUUGGCAGUUGUCAAAAUAAGGCCCGAAAAAAUAAAAAAAUUCAGGACGUUACGGGAUGACCUUUGCGAUACCGAUGUAAUGCGCUACCAAAUGAGCAAACAACCGGGUUAGUUACGUUUGUUACAUUAAUUACAGUCAGAGCAUUUGAUAUUUUAACCCGCUCCUUUUCUAAGACUAAGUUUGUCUUUGUCUUCAAUUUAGACAACAAACUACGUCGCCUAUCAUCAGUCUGUAGGUGACGGAAGUUGCUUGGCUGUAGGAUUCCCGAGAGUUGCAGACCUACUUUAUUGUUCGGUUUAUGUACUGAACUCAUAGGAAUUGCGUUGCCGUUCGUCGUUAUACAAGCAGAUAGGGAGAGGGGUGUUUCGUCGAAAUAAGUCGUUUUCGUAAUUUUUCUUGGAGUGAGACGGUUUUUGUUUUCUUCUGAUAAACUGUCUGGUGUGUUGCUUACUAUUACAUGUUAGAAUCCUGAUAGUGGAAAUUUUGUGAGAUGUCGGUCCCUUGUUCAGUUAGAGCGAUAAAAAAAUCGUCUUUCAGGAGGUCGAAAGGGUGCGAUCAUCAAUGUACUGCUUCUCAAUUUGGACAACAACAUGGGAAAAAAGGGGGGGAGGGUAUAGAUGUUCCUCAUAGCUGUCUGAAAUUUUUAUCCUCAUCAAGAUUUCUGUUUUUUAAGUAUAGAGGAUUUUCCAAAAUAUGUCACUUCAUCAAAUGUUCUCAUUUUGGUAGAAAUUUCGCAGGGAAGGUGGAUCUAACACAACCAACCAACAUCCAUUGGAAGUUCCAGUUUAUGCAAGAUACAUUCGUUUUCUUCCAGUUACUUGGAAAGGUCAUAUCUGUCUCAGAGUUGAGGUUUACGGAUCCGUUAGUAAGUUUUCUAUCUGUAAAUGAGCUUACAAUAAAGGCAAGGAUGGCAGAACUUAUUUUUCGGCCUAAUCACGGUGGCAAUUAAUUACGCAUAAAAUGUGUGGAAACUUUAAACGUUAAAACGUAAACGAAUCAGAUAUAAUUCAUAUCGUGUGGUGCCACUGGGGUUUGUGCCAAAAGGCUAUGAUUUAUGUUUCUUUUCAUAAAUGCUUCAAGAAGUGUUUUGAAAACUCAGUUGUUAUUUCCGAAGAAACUGAGUGAGAGAGGAGGGUAAAAAGGCAAAUUUAAUUAAAUCACUUUUGAUGUGGGGUUGCUCUUGAAGUUGAAAUUGAACUCAUAAUUGAGGUCGUCAAGGAAAUUUUUCGAUUUUGCUUGCAAAUAAUUUAGAAACUUUCCAGACUUCUCGGUAAGUUCAUUGCUGUUUCAUUCAUUAACCUUAUGACUCCUUUUUCUCUUAUAAACCGAACACACCAUCACACCUACUGGAAAGAGCUUUCCGUAUUCAAUGCUUUUUACAUUAGUUUUCAUUGAUUCGGUAAAAACUUGGUGUGCAUGAUGUCGAUAUGAUGUAAUGAAAUGAAUAAAACCGUGAAGUGUAAGAAUGCUUGACAAACGAAAAAUUAGGGCACGCUGUAAAUUGACUUGAAGUAGCUAUCGCAAUAAAAACAUGAUAUUUGUGUUUAAUACAAAACAUUAAUGCUACUCAGGGUGUGCAGAAGCUCUAGGGAUGGAGAGCAAGGCCAUCGCCGACAAGCAAAUUAGUGCCUCUUCGCAAUGGGAUUACAAUGAAGCUGCUCAUAAUGGUAGACUUCACUUUAAAGAAUCAGGUUACAAAGCAGGGGCUUGGGUGGUUCGCACAAAUGAUGAAAACCAGUGGCUCCAGAUAGAGCUGAUUAAUUCAAACGUUAAAAUAACAAAGGUUGCAACGCAAGGACGAAACAGUCAAAAGUUUUUGUACUGGGUAACCAACUACAAUUUAACUUACAGCAACGAUGGAGUAAAGUUCCACAUUUAUAGAGAACGUGGACAUAUGGAGGCGAAGGUUUGAUAAUUAUCUUAAGUAAUCUUCAUCAGUAGUCCAUCUGUAUUAACUGCGAUUUUAUAAAAAAUAAAUACACUAUAUGAGGCAAACCAUGCACUUCUCUAAGCGAUCAGUUCGAAAGAAUAAAAUUCAGCGUGAAUUAAGAGGAACCACUGCGUUACUUCAGGGAAUAAGCACCAAAGUCUGCGCUGAUCCCACAGCCUCUUUCUGUGGGGAAUAAAAUAAUUAAAAGAGUCUAAUUAAAAUUACUGCGGAAAAAUUAAAAUCACGAAUAAGGUAAUUAUAUCAAAAAGCACAGCAGAGAAUUUGAACUGGCUUGGAUCUCCAUGAUUUAAAUCCGUGGAUAAUCUGACAUUACAAGAGAUGUUCGAGGCUUGUUCUGGCCUUUAAGAAGGUGACAUUGUUCAGUAUACGAUAUAAAAGCAAAAAUGUCCGCUCGAACGUCUGCAGGCGGUGAGACUGGUUUGACAAUUCUUUUUUGAAAGCCCUUAAGCUUUUCUGGAAACAACAGCGUUAAGAAUAGGAUUUUUCAUGCGAUUUGUACCUUUUUUUCAUUGUAUCACGUAAGAAAUCACGUGACUUGAUUCGUAAUCUCGCUCUUAGCACACUUUUAUCUUAACUGUCGUUCGGAAUAGAGUCUGAAGAAUCUCCAAAAGGUGUUAGCUCUCAAUUUCAUAAGAGAAUUAAGUCUUAAAUGUUCUGUGGAUAUUUUCGUUUUUCAAGGACGGAAAGUAGUUUAAGUGAUGAUAACAAAAGUGUUGUUCACUUUAAGAAAUAAGUUAUGUUCUCUGAUAAAGGCUGACAUUCAUGUCGCGCGGAUUAUGGCACUAACGAAUUUUUGCGGACUUUUUUAAAAUGGUAGAUUUAAAUUUGGCCUAAACAGUUCAGACAACCCAAGGUAGACGAAUGCAGCGCAUACAACAUAGACAGCAAGUUUACGUUUCUCAGUGUGUUCAUUUCAUUCUAGAAUUUCGUUGGAAACACAGACAAAGACACUGUCGUGUACCAUGAUCUUUUUCCACCAAUUAGAGCAAGAUACAUCCGUUUCCGACCGACAGCUUGGUAUGGUUGGAUAACAAUGCGAGUAGAGCUGUACGGCUGUUUAGGUAAAUAUGAAAUCGAUUUGUUGAUAACGAGUAAUGCGUUGAUUGACGUGUAAUUCGCAAUUCACUUAUCUUGUGUUCUCCUUAAAUGAAAGUUAUUGUGCUUAAUCAUUUCAUUCCUUUAACAUUGAAGCGUAAGAGCACCAAAACUCAUUUUCCAUUUUACGCCCAAAACAUAUGCCUCAGUAAGUCUUAAUUUCAUUUUAUCGGGUUUUUUACAUCUUCAACAAUGACUCUAAUAAUAUUAUUUUCCCCUUACGUGUAAAAGUUGAUGAGCAUCUCCCACCCGAAUAUGCUCUACCAUGAAGAUCUAUUUCUUUUUGUCCCUUUAUAAUUCCGUUUUGGCAAGGAAGGCAGAUGAAUAUAUACUCUGAAUUAAAACUUUGUGUUUAUUAUCUGAAAAUUUAAAGAAUGUCAAGAUGCUUUUGGUAUGGAAAACGGUGCCAUUUCUGAUGGACAAAUUACUGCCUCUUCAGAACUGAAAGCAGCUCAUGCGGCGAAUAAGGCCAGACUUAAAGCUUCAGAGGGAACUUGGUUGCCUCUCACGAACAAUGCCGACCAAUGGCUUCAGAUUGAUUUGUUAGGAAACGAUAUCCUCGUAACGAGAAUUGCCACACAAGGACUGAAUAACCCUAACAUGAGCAAAUGGGUUACUAGCUACAAUUUACAAUAUAGUAACGACGAAAUUAACUUCCAUUACUACAUAGAACAGGGGGAGUCAGUAAAAAAGGUAUAUUAG